UUCGUUAGUUAGUUCAAUUUGAAAAGCGAAUCGGAGACGUUGUGUGCUGCGCGUUGAUUUAAAACAAAACUGUUUGUUUCGACCGAUUUAAUUUUUAUACCUAAAAUUAAAAAAAAAAACAAACAAAUUAUUUUUGAAAAUCAGCUGUUUUUGAAAAUCCGAGGCGUUCGGUUGCGGAAAGUCGUUCGAAUCGCAAUCCAACGUUCGAAACAUGUGAAAAUUCGGUAAAAUCGCCGGGAAAUAGAAAUAUUAAUAGUUUUCAUCGUGUUUUGCACCUUUUCACACUCCUUCCUCCUGCUCCGGCUCAAGACGGGUGCGAGAGGAUAAAAACGGAAUAACGGUGCAAGGAAACAGCGAAAAUCCCACACAAAUCAGCAAAUGCCCAAAAAUUGUUUAAAGCGCUGCAAUUGUUAUUAACAAAUCGAAAAUACAAGCCAAAGUGAAGUGCAAAAACAACAACAAAAACCGGUCUCGCAGCAGCUAAGGAAAAAACAAAAAUCAAAGACAGCGAAAGAAUUUUUGUUGUUUGGCCGGUGCGUGUGUGUGUGUGCGUGUGAGUGCGACUGUGUGCGAGCAUCUCGAGAAGGAGAAAAACGCAAGGAAAAGGAAAAGAGGGAAACAAAACGAAAAAUCAAAAAGUAAACCUGUUUCCUGCAGAUAAAACAACAAAAGAGAGGCCGCAAAAAGUGGCACAAGUGAAAAUUCCUGCGUUGUUCGUUUAUUAUUAUUUUGAAUUGCCUUUUUUCGACAAUCUCCAAAAGUGAAAAUCAAUUUGCAGAGAGCGCGCGCGCAAAGAAGGAGAACAAACCGGGAGAGAGAGAGAGCGUGAACAUAGAAUUCGUCCUUUUUUGGGUCCAAAAUACCCAACCCAAAAAAGGAGCACGAAAACUGGACGAAAAACGGCGAAAAACAACAACAACAACAACAACGAUAGAUUGCAAAAGUAAACAAAUUGCGCCGAACCGAACGAAUUUCGGGAAAUUGCAACACGAAAAAGCCACCUCAUGUCUGGACCCUACAGUCUGAGCUUCUCAGAGUUCUAAGCCAAAAAGACAACGGAAAGUUUAGGGAACCACCAUGCGACUGACUCAACGAAAACCCCUCAGCGAAAUGUCCAAGCCAAACGGAUUCCAUCAACAGAAGGCCCUAGCCAGGCGACCAAUCAAAUAAAUUGCCAAUAAAAAAUAACAACAAAGUGAAUAAACAAAACAAAAUUAAGGAGAAAAGGUCCAGAGGAUAUACAAACUUCGAACAAAUCCCAGAGGAGCCUCGUGGUUCGUUUGGUUUUUUCGUUUUUUUUUUCUAUUCACGGAAAGCGUGAAAGAAAGCCGCCAAAAUUACGACGUACCACCCACCAACGCCCAAGGUCAAACAGAACCCGGCCAAUACGGACGCCAUGUCCGGGCCGGGGGCGUUUGACGAUGAGCCGCCACCGGAGCCGCGCGACGGAUGGCUACUGGUGCGCAUCCAUGUGCCGGAGCUGAAUGUCUACAAGUGCCUGCAGUUCCCAUCGGAGCGGCUCGUCUGGGAUGUCAAGCAGCAGGUGCUUGCCUCGCUGCCAAAGGAACUCAAAGAGAGCUUCAACUAUGGCCUGUUCGCCCCACCUGCCAAUGGCAAGGCUGGCAAAUUCCUGGACGAAGAGCGACGCCUGGGCGACUAUCCAUUCAAUGGACCCGUUGGCUACUUGGAGCUCAAGUACAAACGGCGUGUCUACAAAAUGCUCACUUUAGACGAACGUCAGCUCAAGGCUCUCCACACACGGGCCAAUCUGCGUCGCUUUCUAGAGUGCAUCAAUGGUGGGCAUGUGGAGAAGAUAGCCAAGAUGUGUGCCAAGGGUCUUGAUCCCAAUUUCCAUUGCUCGGAGAGCGGCGAAACUCCACUGACAGUGGCCACAGGCGCCAAGAAGCCCAAUAAGCUGCUUAUUGCCUUGGUCAAUGGAGGAGCUUUGCUGGAUUACAGGACCAAGGAUGGGACCACGGCUUUGCAUAGAGCGGUGGAGCAAGACUCUUUAGAGGCGGUUAGCACUCUCCUGGAGCUGGGAGCUUCGCCCAACUACCGAGACGGGCGUGGCAUUACCCCUUUAUACAUUUCCAUCACCCGGAAAUGUGAGGCCAAGAUCACAGAGAGUCUGCUACAUGAUCAUGCCACACUGGGCAUCCAGGAUAGUCAGGGCUGGAACGAGGUGCAUCAGGCCUGUCGGCAUGGCCUGGUCCAGCACCUGGAACACCUGCUGUUCUACGGUGCUGACAUGGACGGCCGCAAUGCCUCCGGCAAUAGUCCGCUGCAUGUGUGCGCCGUUAACAACCAAGAGGCCUGUGCCCGUAUGCUUCUCUUUCGCGGCGCCCAGCGUGGCGCCCAGAACUUUGCCAAUCAAACUCCCUACCAGGUGGCUGUCAUAGCCGGCAACUUGGAACUGGCGGAGAUAAUUGAGAACUACAAAUCAGAGGAUAUAGUUCCCUUCCGCGGACCGCCGCGCUACAAUCCGAAGCGACGCUCGGGCAUCGGGUGGCUGAGCGCCAACGGAGCCGCCGGUGCCGCUCUCUUGGCAGCGGCUGGCGGUGGCUUUGGUGGUGCAAUGGUCGCCAAUGGGAGUGCAAAUGGCCACCUUAAUGGUAAUGGCAUCGGUAACGGCGGGGCUGGCGGUGUUGGUCUGAUGCUGAGCCAUCAGAACCAUCAACAGCUCCUAGCCGGGCACCACCAGCAGCAACAGCAGCAGCAGCACCAUCUGCACCACCAGCACCACCUCCAGCUUCAUGCCCUGCAGCUCCAUGGCCCGCCAUCGCCCUGCCCCUCGGAGCACAUGCUGGGCGCCUACAGCUCCGCCAGCUCCAGCCUGUCCGAGGGUUCCUCUGGCCACCGAUCCCAUGAGGAUGAUAUCAGCAUUGUGACAGAUAAAUCCCUGGGCGAUACCAGCGACAUCAUCAGCGACUCCUCGGGCGUGGGAACCAACUCGGAUUCGGCAGCCUGUUCCAUUGGCCAUCCCAGCACCACGGUGGUGUGCAUGGAGCCCUAUGCCGGCAACACCGUGGGCCACAUUCGCCUCCAGCCGGGCGAUGUCAUCGAGGUGGUGGGCAGCACCGACUGUGGCCUGCUCGAGGGCUAUGUGCGCGGCACCAAUCAGUCUGGGUUCUUUCCUGCCGACUGCGUCCAGGAGGUGAGUCUGCGCCAGAAGCACAUCACCAAUGUGAUGACGGCCAGCACGGGCAUGGCGCCACAGCAACAGCAGCAACAUCAGCAGCAGCAUCUGCAACAGCAGGCGCCCGUGUCCUCCGCCGCCUCCUACCAGGGAUCUCCACAGCUGAGCCUUGGGGGGCACUCGGGCAGCUCUAGCACGCUGCUGCAGCAGCCCCACCAGUCUCCCUCGCUGUCGGUGGCCAGCAAUGGCUCCUGCCAGCAGCCUGGAGAGAUUAACGGAGGCGGAGGAGCAUCAGCAGCUGGUGCUGGGUCAGGCAACAACCACAACAAUAACCACUCCGUGGGACAGUACAGCAGCGCCACAGCGCCGCGCAUCAAAAAGAGCGCCUACAAUGCCCCACGUUCGGUGGUGCUGCACCGCGCCAAGCGCGGCUUCGGCUUUAUCCUGCGUGGCGCCAAGGCCAGUUCCCAGCUGAUGCAGCUGCGUCCCUCAGAGCGCUUUCCGGCGCUCCAAUAUCUAGACGAUGUAGAUCCAGGUGGUGUGGCAGAUUUGGCUGGACUCCGGCCAGGUGACUUCCUUCUCACCAUCAACGGCGAGGACGUGAGCGCCGCCUCGCACGAGCAGGUGGUGGAGAUGAUACGCUCGGCGGGCGCCUUGGUCAACAUGACUGUGGUCUCGCCCCAGUUUCCCCACCAGAUGCAGGCCAGUGCCCAGUACCUGCCCAGCGGAGCACGGGCCGGUAGCCAGCACCUAAACAGUGGACCAAGCACGCCGCAGUCAUCGCAUCGGCAGUGCGCCACGUUGCCCAGGAAGAUGGCGGGUCCGGGAGGCAAUGGCGGCGGAGGAUCCUCGGCCGGAGGAAGCGUGCGCAUGGCUCCUAUGCCGCCGCGUCGUGAUCCCAAGACCACACUCAGUGUGGGCCGAGCUCGAGCCAAGUCCAUGGUGGCUGGUCUGGAGAAUGGAGGCGAAAAGGAGGAUGACUUGCCACAUACCAAGUCCAAUUCAGUGGAGUCCAUAGCCAUGCCCCCACCGGGUGGCGGCGCCGGCGUGAACCAGACGGGGCCAGGAACGCCUGUACAGUUGCGCACGGCCAGCAUCAAGGCGCGACCCACUUCCAGCAGGAUCACAGCUGCCGAGCUGGAGGAGCUCUUCCAGCGGCAACAGGGCGAGGGCAAUGCGGCAAAUGCCAGUCGCUAUGCCACCAUGAUGACCAGCUCGCGCUUCCAGUCAGGCACGGACAGCGGAGCGGCCACCCCGCCCGCCUCCAAUGGUUCCCCGAUGAGGACCGGCCCUCUGGUCUACGGCAGCGUGGCCGAGAUGAAGCGCAAGACGGCGAGGAGUAAGCACGGCAGUGGCACACUCCGCGGCAAGCCAGUGGCCACUCCCACGGUCGGAGCAGGUGGCGGAGCAGGAGGUGGACGGGACCUCAAGCGGUUCCAUUCGACUCCUGAUUUGCAUGGACCACAGCUACACGGCUCCGCCUCAUCCAUUUGGCAGGCAGCCGGCAAGGGUCACCACUCGCAGGACGACGUGGCCACGCUACAUGCCUCCCUGCAGCGCCUCAACUCCACCCAGGGUGAGCUGAAGCUGGGAGGAUUAGGACAGGCGGUGCUGCCACCACCGAAUCAUCCCCCACCGCCGCCACCCGUAGGCCAGGUGGUCAAGGUAGAGACGCGCAGCAGUGUCUCGGAGUACGAGAGCACUGUCUCCUUGCAGCAGAAGCUGAAGAAGCGUACGGAGAACGAUGCGGUGACCAGUGCCGCCAUCGAUGGCGUCCAGAGCAGCUUCAAUCCCUCGGCGAAUGCCAAGAUCUAUGCCUCGCCUCAGGAGCUGCGCAACGUGAUGGCCUGGAAGCUGCGUCAGGCUCAGGAGAAGCCCCAGCAGGAGACAUCCGCUGGUUCCCAGCAGCCGGUGAGUCAGUAUGCGGCUCCCACGCAGAUGCGACCACCACCACAGCAGCAACAACAGCAGCAGCAGCAGCAGCCCACGGCAGUGGCGUCCCACUACGCUGCUCCUCAAGUGCAGGUUCAAGUCCAGGUCCAGCAAGUGCAGCCGGCACCUCAAUCUCCGCCAGCACCGCCGCCGCCACAGACGCAGGCGGCGCCAGCUCCGGCACAGAAUGGAAAUGGAACAGCUGGAACAGCUCCGCCAAUACCCGAGCCAGACUACAGCUGCAGCGAGUCAGAUGGCGAGGAUGAGAACUCCAUUCUGGUGGCUCGCAACACCAAGCUCAACGAGAAGAUAGCCCUGUUUGAUGUGCCCGAGACCAGUGGCAAUAGUCAGGCCAGCGGCAGCAGCUCUAACUCGGGCAGCGCCUCCAUUUCCCACUCGCUCUCCGUGGAGGAGAUCCAGCGAAUUCGUAGCAAUCUCAAGACCUCCAAGUCAUCGCCCAAUGGCUUUGCCAAAAAGCCAGAAGAAGAGCCACAGCAAGCCCACCAGCAACAGCAGCCGCAGCAGCAUUUACAGCCUGGAGAGGAUGAGUGCGAUAAUAGCAGCUCCGGGGUGAGCAGCGAACAGGAGCAGCAGCAGGCCCAGGCACAGGCCGGGGCAGUCAGCAAGCCCACCGAUACCAUCAAAAAGAAGCCAACGGUGACCAUAGUGGAGGAACCCAAGACCAUACCAGAUCAGCCAAGCCAAACCAAGCCCAUGGCCAAGACCACGAUCAGCAUAGGUGGCGGAGGAGGAGGAGCCCCAGCCACUCUGACGGUGAAGCAACUAGUGCAGCAGCAACAUGCACCUGUUAUCCAGCAACAGCAGCAGCAGCUGGGCAGCAAGCAACCCCAAACAGUGGCCAAGAUGCUGCCUCAAAGCAAUGUCAGCAACAUCAAUGUCAAUGCCAACAACAAGGUAAUGAGUCCCCAGGUGCUGGGUCGCAUUCCCAACCACCAUCACCAGCAGCAGCAGCAGCAGCAGCAAUCGAAUCCGAAUCAGAAGCUCAUAGCCACCCAGCAGCAGAUCCUGCAGCAGCAACAGCAGCAGUUAGCACACCAGCAGCACCUGCAGCAGAUUCUCAAGGCCAAGGCAGCGGCGGCCGGAGGAGCCAGCAACACUGCCGCUUUGGUGGCCAAGCACCAGCAGCAGCUGCACAAGGGCAACAGCAACAGCGGUGGCCACGAAUCGGAGAUGGAGCAGCGCUCCGAUGUGGAGGAUGACGAUGGCGAUCUGAGUCCCUCGCCGCCGGCCAAGGCCUUCCAGCGUCACAAUUCGCUGACGCGCAAGCAGGCGGCGGCAAUUGCCAUGCAAAGGGGCGCCACUAGAACCUCGGCCGUGUCCCUGAUGCAGCUGCCGCCGCCUCUGGAGGCGGACAGCGAUGGUGAGCCGACGUCGCAGCAUACGCUUCAGCGUCAGAACCAUCCAGCUCAUCAGCUUCAGCUGCAGCAAUUGCAAAUGCAACAGCAACUGCAGCAGCAACAUCCACAGCAGCAGCAGCAACAACCGCAGCCGAUGGUUGUGGGCAUGCUGCCCAGCGGACAGCUGGUGGCUGUUGCCUCUGGCGCUGUUGUUGCUGGCGUUCCGGGCGUUGGAUCAGCGGCUGCGGUGCAGCCGGGCAACAACAAUCUGCAGCAGCUGUGCACCGACAAUCUGGUGUUGGCGCCACCGCCGCAGUUCUGCGAUUGCAACGAUGCCAAGCACGCGCCGCAGCCGCAUCUGCCAACGAGCCAAUACCAUCCCCAGCAGCAGCAGCAGCAGCAACAACAGCAGCAGCAGCAACAGCAGCAACUGCAGCAGCAUCAGCAGCUACAGCAGCAGCAACAGCUGCAGCAGCAACUGCAACAGCAGCAGCAGCAGCAGAUGCAACUGCAGAUGCACCAACGGCUGUCGGGUGGCGCCGGUCCCGGCUCGGUGGGCACCUUGGGCAGGGUUCGCAUUGUGGGGGCCAUGCCCAAGGCAAACCACCACAGGCUGCACUAAGCAGGUGGCCAAGUAGCCAGAAAUCAAAUCAAUCGUUUGCCAAAUCGUGUUACAUUGUUAGUUAGUAUUAGUUGUUAGUCCAAAACAACAGUCAUUGCCAACUCACAACGAAAAUAAGAAACUGCACCCGAUUAAAUACGGCUAAAAGGGAUCACGUUCGAACUGCUAACCGUUUGAUUUCCCAGUCUUUUAAUUACUUUUAUUAUAUAUUUAUUGCGUGUGAUAUAAAUUUAUGUAACUAAACGCUAUUUUGUAAUCGAAACAGCAGCAAUAUCUAAUGGUUAAAACCUGAAAUCCCCCAAGAGGAGCCUCUUGAAAACAAACUGAGAGGCAGUCGAAUGAAUGCCAAUUCGCAUUUUCGUUAUUUUCAGUUUGCUUUCGAGCCAAGUCUUAGUUCGUAGACAAGUUCAUUUAUUCAAGUAUCCAUCCAUUGAUCAUUCGUGUUCGAUUUAGUGCACAAAACACACAUUUAAGCGAAAAACUAAACACAUUUAAUCUAAAUACACAAACUAGCGUAGGUUUUUAUAGGCCUAAAAGGAAGGGAAAGCACCGAGUAACAAUAAUAUUUGAAUUUGAGCAUUUAGCCGAAUUUCCAAGUCAAGUCAAAGUCAACUAAAACUAAACCUAAACCUAAACAAUACUAAAAUGGAUAAAACGUAUAUAAUGUUUUUAAACCAAGUAUUUAUAAAAUAAAAGUAAACGAAAAUAUUUCAAUAGGCGGCAAAUUUUAUAAUCCGAAAGAAUACAACAAGAAAAUUGAAACAAAAACGUAAAUUUUUUGCUAGUAAAAUUUACAGAUUUUUACUUUUAACCGAUGGGAGAGAUCUUUUGUAUAAUUGUUUUUUAUAGAGAAAAACUUUUACUUGCCAGAGUAUUACAGGAGCAAUGAGGAAACAUAAAGUAGAGAAGGUUCUCAAGCUUGUAUCGUCAACAACUUAUAUAAAUGCGUUUUCACGUUGUAACAAUUAUUAUACAACUAAGGCUGAUUUUACUGCAUAAAACAAAACAAAAACACAUACAGAACACGGAAACCCAGAAAAGGCAUUCGCUCUCACAAACUGAAAAUGAAUUAUAAAUGGAGUACGAGUAGCGAGAUCGAGUACGGUAACGAGUACUUGAAGGAUAACGAGUACGGGAAGGAUAACUCCUAAACUAACCAAGCAAGCGAUUAUUGCAUUUACAAUACAUUGUUUAAACGGAAAGCACUCUUUGAGGUAUAUAUGGCCAGAAUCGGAUCGGAUGGAAUUAUAUUGUAAUCGCACCCUUAGCACUAGCAUCUAAGUGUUGAAAAGUUAGCAAAAGCCGAAAACUAAAACCCUAAUACAGAGUAUAACAUAAAAACAGUAAAGCGUACGAGUAAAUAUAUUGGAAAUUCUAGCAUCUAAUUAGGUUCUAGCACAUACACACUUUUUAGUUCUCGCAAUAGUUGCUAAUUAUUUGUAAACUGUUUUUAGUUCCAACACAAAUAUUAUAUGAUUAGCCAUCGUGUCAAGCUUGUUAAUUUAUAAGUUCAACUCUGCCUAGGAAACCCGCGUGGAGCAGGGAGUGCUCACGAUUACGUAUAGCCUGCAAUUGCGAAAGCUAAGCAUAUAGAAGGAAUAUUGCUCCACGAUAAUGUUAAACGAUUAAGCAACAAGCACACACAACCCCCACACACAUACACUUUAAAUUCAUGUAUUUAAAAAUGGAAUAAUAUAUGGAAUAUUUAACAUAAGUCGUAAAAUAUGCAAUUAUGUAUUAUGAAAACCAUGCGUAUGAAGAAUCAAUAAAUAUGAAUGAAAACUA